GAUACCGUGGAUGUCUUCUCCAAUCUGCGACAAUGCGUGCAUAUAAAAGUGGCACGCCACUUGCAAAAUAUGUCGAUUCGCUUGUUGAGGAAGAACCCUUGCAUCUGAUAACAAGAACGUCGAGUUGCAAUAAUUCUCAUGUCCCACAAUGAACCGUCGAUCCACAUCUGAAUAUACGGCGGCCGGGGACAGAGAAGAGCACCCAAGAAAAUGGGACCGGAAACAGUAAGUCAUCCAAAAUGGAAAAUGGAGAAUUGUGAUUUCCUCUUGCAUUCCGCUCCAAUUCCGGUCUCAAGUUCGUUCAGAAGAUGACCGGAUCCAGCGCGUCAAAGUCAAAGUCAAGAGCUCGCCAGUCGGUAACCAUGGAGGAAGUGCGUUCUCCGGCUUCCUUCGAGCUCAUGGGAAAUGCGAAGUUUGUUUUCGAAGAGAUGACAUGGUCGUUCAAGAAGACGAUACCGAAUGGCCGGAAGCACCACCAUCUAUACCACAAGAGGAAGACAGGGUAGAGUGUGGUUGCUGUUUCGAAAGCUGUGCCUUCGACAGCAUGGUUCAGUGCGAAGAUGGACAUCUUUUCUGCACUAUAUGUCUUCGUCGUCACGUUGAAAACUCUAUCUUUGGAGAUACGUCCGACGGCGGAUCGACCUUAUGCUUAGCGAUAACAGGAUGUGAACGCAUUUACCCUCGUUCAGAGAUAAGAAAGUGCUUCUCUCAUGAUGUAUGGUUGAAAUAUGAACGACGGAUGGCGGAAGAGGCUGUUGCCAAAGCACAACUUGCUGGUCUCGUUUACUGUUAUCAUUGUAACCAUCCCUGGGAGGUUGAUCCAGGAAUCAAAAUUCUUGUUUGCAUAAAUCAGAGUUGCCUCAAGGAGACUUGCCUCGAGUGUAAGGAACCAAGCCACUUACCUGACCCUUGCAGAAGUACUGAGAAGGACCCAGAGGAUACCGUCCGAACGCAAGUUGAAGAGAGCAUGACAAAGGCAGUCAUCAGAGUUUGUAGUUCCUGUGGGGCUGAGUUGUUUAAGCUUGAAGGCUGCAAUAAGAUCAUGUGCAGAUGUGGCCAGCAGAUGUGUUAUCGCUGCCGUGAAAGCAUCACAGAUUACUCGCACUUCUGUCCGCAUAUUAGAGCUCCACAAGUAGCGCCGUGUGAAGAAUGCUCCAUGUGCUGUCUGUGGGAAACGGAGGAUGUGAACAAAGUAGUUAAAGCCGCCAAAUCGGCUGCUAUUGAAAAAUUAGCUGAACGUUAUCCAGAAGUUGUAAGACGGCAGAUCGGACCAUCUGAAGACCCCGUUCGAAAACGUCCGUGCAAAGAACGUGUCGGGAUGAUCUAGGUUUAGAAGCCGGCGAAGUAAUCUACAAAGAAAAAUGACCUCAAUAUACAUACCCGACGAUGGAUAAUAUUCGAAACAAGUUAAAGGCAAAGGAGCUUUUAUUCAUCCUUGUAAUAUGACAUGUAAGCCUGAUGAUUGACAGUAUUAUAAAUUCAAUUUACGAAUGAAUUAUGCGGUGAUGCUGGACUAGAACUCGACAUCUAUUACAAGACUCACUCACUUUUCUAUGAUUUCGAAGUUUCAUCCUAGUCCAAGAAACUCUCGUUCGGAAUACGGAUUAUCAAGUUAUUAAAAGGU